CUCUGCAUCACAGUUGCGGCUCUUGAACGCAGCCUGCUCGUGAACAGGAAGUGCAGUGACGCUGGCGCGGUCGUUGAAAACAAACCCGGGCACAGACGGUGUUGACAUGACACCUGACAAACCUCGAUAGAAGCUGCAGCUUUGUUUUCACCACAGGGACACUCCACACACACUGGACAUGGAGCUAUCUCCCCUUAUAAAGAAAAUAGCUCACUCGCUGGUGGAGAUACGAGUUCGAGCACUGAAGAGCAUCAUAUCCAAGCUGGAGCAUUCCCUGAUCUCCGUCUCUGACAUCGUCCAAGAGAAGAUGCUGUUUGUGUAUCUGCUGGAGUGGUUUAAUUUCCCCGAGGUGCCAAUGCAAGAGCAGGUCCUGGAGCUGCUCACAACCCUGUCAAAGCAUCCGAGUGCAGCGCAGAUGCUGAGAGACGUCGGCGCAGUGGACUUCCUCACUCAGCUGUCUCCUAACGUGGAGCCCAGACUGCGAGCUGUCAUCAGUGGAACCCUGGACCAGCUGUUCCAGCUGCCCGAGCUUCUCCCCGGCAAAACAAUAGUCUACUCACAUGGUCCAUGUAAUGCAGCUCUGACAGCUCCAUCAGUUGUUCCACCUGAAGAUUUUCCUAAAAUGGGCUAUUUCCACCAGAGUAUGCCAGCUCGUACAGAAGUUCCACCUCACAAGAUCCCAGUGCACGAGUCUGUGAGAUGUCUGAAGUUUUCUGUGUUUCCUUGGCUGACUUUGACAAACACAGACAGACACAUACUUUCAUCCAAUGAGAGUUCCCUAAGGAGCAACAACCCAAACUUGGUGAGAACCACAUGCGAUCUUCUGUGUGAUGUGAUUAUGCAGGACUUUCCUCCAGAGAUCUUCCUGCAGAGGCCAAGUAUUGUAAAGAACCUUAUUUCUCUGUUGAGGGGGGGUUCUGGCAAAGGUGAGUCGAGCUACCUCCACUUGCAGGCUCUCUCCUGUCUGCGGCAGCUCUGUGCAGGGCUACGGAGGAGACUGCGUUUUCAUCAAGAUCCAAGCUUCUACUCUACAAAGCAAGAUCCAGUGUCCCAGAAUUCCUCCUUCUCCUACUCCCAGGAGGUGCGGGGGACCCAGCGUUCCAACGCCUCCUCUCCAGGGGGAGAGUGCUCUCCCCGACCCUCUGUGGUGGGACGUACAGGCCAAAGAGCCAGGGGAGAUGGCCAAGAUGGGGAUAUAGCUUCCAACAGUGGCAGCUCGCACAGAGGUGGUGCUGCAACCCAGGCCCUCAGGCAGACGGCACAGUCACCUGCAGAUGCGGCCCAUCUGGAGCUUCCUGACCUGGGUGUGGAAGAUGUCCUGGAGCUGCAGUUACAGCAGCUCACUCUGGCCCAGUUCACUGUUUCCAUCAUGGAGCAUGCUCUACCACUUCUUAAGACAGAGGGUUCACAUGUGUUCCAUCGUGUUCUGGGGCUGCUCUGUGAUGCCAUCCUCCUGCUCGGGGACAGCGUUUGUGAGUUGGUCUGGGACGAUUGCAGCCUGGUGGGGAUGGAGUUGAAAGAGAAGCUGCAAGCCUUCAUGGAGUUACUGAGCGAUAUCCUGAGCUACCAUCAGAGCCAUCCAGCAGACAUUUCUCACAGCGCUCAGAUUCACCACAGAAUGGCCUACACAGGCACAGCCAUAUUCACCAUUAAACUCCUACAGACCAUCCUCCCUCCUGAGAAGGCUGGUGACAAUCUCCCAGAAAGCACUGCGACAGCUGUAUUCCAUCUAUGCUUGGACACAUCAUUGGGAAGUUUAUUACCCAGCAUGCAAGAGACAGCAGUGGCUUACUUGGAGCAGGUGAACUCUGACCACCACAACCUCUACAGGAGGGUGACCCGCGCUGCCCUCUGGAUGGAGUCCACUUGCAACUUUCUCAAGGAAGCACAAGCUGAGGGAGAAAAAAACUGGUUGGAGUUACUGGAGCUGGCAGACCAGGCCAUCGACGGCCUCCCGUUUCACCAGCACUUACCCAUCAUCAAAGAAUGUGUUCACAUCUGCUCUUACCUGUGGAAGUUUGAUCAGCCUAGUCCGCUUCUCCAGACAGAGAGCCAGAAACUUCUUCUCAAGUUGCUGUCUCAUUCUUUACCGUCCGUCAAGACGGAUACGUACACAUGCUGUCUCAACAUGGUCAAGGACUGCGUCGGCAUCCAGAAUGUGUCAAGACAGCAAAAAGGAGCCUGUGAUGGAAUCAACUUCCUGCUCCACCACAGAGUGCUCUAUGAAAUAAGCGCGUUUGGACUCCAGGACUCUGCAGAAAAAGUGAACGUUGCUGCCAAGGAUAUCCUGCUAUUCCUGCUCAAGGGACGAUUGAUGAUGACAGCAUCAACCUGGGACAGCUUCAAUGAGGCACUUUACCCGGUCAUGCCCAUAUUGCAGGGUUUUGCCGGCACCGAAGAGUCACUGGGUAACUGUGUCCUGCUGAUAAGUGACACGUCGGACGUGACAAGAGACAACGUGUUUCCAAGCUCAGCCAAACUAAAAGCAGCACUCCGUCUCCUUUUCACUAAACAGCCUGCUGUGAGAACAGCAGCAGUGCAACAAGUCAUUCCUCACCUAACCAACACUGAUGAAGCUAAAACAGUCAGACCAGACCUGGAUCAACCAGUGAUCUCCACGCUACCCAAUCUCUACUGCGUCAGAAAUCCUUUGGACAUCUCACUGGACACAAACAGCAAGUCUGUUCUCAAGGUGGAGUCGGUGGAGAAGCUGUUUUGUAUCCUGUCCUCAGACACUGUUGACAUCGCUCUGAAAAGAUCGGCAGCCGAGCAGCUGUCUGUGGUGCUGCAAGACACGACAAUGCACCCAGUGCUGAAGAAUCUUGGAAUAACAGACAAAGUCAUUACUUUCAUUAUGGGAAGUGUCAACGGCAACAAGAGCUUGGAUUGCCUGCUGGAGCCUUGUGUAUGUAUCCUGAGGAAGCUGGUGUAUGCUGAUCCAUCUCUGAGGCACAGCCUGGCACAGCGCAACCUCCUGCUCCUCACACUGCUUAGGGCAUCCCUGAUAUUAAAGGAGAACAAAAGCAGUGGAAAUGAGAUCGCUAUCUUAAUGAGUUUGCUGCUGUUUGAUGAGAUUGCUGGCAUAGAAAUAUGGUCGGACAAAUCCAGCACAGAUGUGACACUCGCACCGUUCUCCCUACCACUGACAGUAAUACGCAGGUACAACCUCCCGUUCCAGGCAGCGAGUCAUCACGCAGUCAGCCCGUACUGCUGCGUCCUGCCUUCAUCCUCUGGCCUCCUGACCCUGGCCCCUGCGCGCCAAGCCCUGCAGGUGGCCUGGAACACUGCAUGGUAUUCUGGGAUAGACAACCUCCUUGAGGAGCUGCAUGGCAGCUCAAGCAGGGACCCUGAAUUUCAUCAUGACUUAAAGCUGUCAGACGAACAGGUUCUGUGGCUGCGGGUGGUGCACCUCCCUGCCGCUUUGCAGGACUGCAUCCAGGCCAUUGGCAAGGCAGCAGGACACAGGUCUGUGACCUCUGCCCUCUCCAGGCUCAGCCUCUACCUGCUGAUUGACAGACUGACCCUCCCUCAUGUCCCCAGCCACAGUUGCAGAGACACUCUACACUCACUCAGUUGGCAAUCAGCAGUGACCAGGUUUCUCCAGGUGCGCCCAGCCUGUGUUGAGGAUGAGAGGUUGCUGGUGGGCAUUGUUGCAUUUUUGAAUGCCUACUUCAGACAGAUGCACACUGAGUCUGCAUCUGACCCAGAGGACGAGGACCUGCGCUGGAUACUAGAGCUGCUUCUCAGCCAGGAGUCGGUGUCCCUCCUGAAUUUGCUGCUUGUUGUGGAAACUCAGACUUCGACUCAGAACUCAGGGGAACCAGAAGAAGUGAAGAACCACGUCGGCCAGAGACUGCAGAGAGAACUCACCAGCUUCUUCAAUACAUUACUCCUCCGCAUAUCAUGCACCACUGACAGGCUAUGUUUGGCAUUAGCGGGCCCCUUCAAGAGCCAGCUGGCAGUGUGUCUGCUCCGGAGCCUGCGGGUCUCUGAUGCCCCUCGUUUCUAUGGCCUUCCCAGCCUGGAGAGGACGCUGCAGGGCAUGGUCGGCCUGACUGCCCAGCCUGGCUGGAGCUCUCACUGCCCUGACCUGGAGCCCGUCUCCCUCUGCUCAAAGUAUCUCAGUGGGCUGCUAGAGGUGAUCUCCUCUUUUUAUGUUGAGUGGGGAGGAAACUCUAUGUCGUUCAUGGGGAAAGGUGUGACAAAGAAUGCCGUCAUCUCUCUGCUUCACCUGUCGCAUGAGAUGUUGACUGAAAACAAGGACAAGGACUUCAUUUCCCAGUGGUCUUUGGGAAAUGAGGCAGCUGCCGAGGAGGCUAGUAACUCUCAGCUGGGUUUGGCCUGGCUCAUCCCACUAUGGGUGGAUCGAGAUCCAGAGGUGAGGUUCGCCAGCUUGGCUUUGGGUGGAGCUCUGUCGUCGGUGCCCAGUGGGUGCCAGGCUCUGUGUGCGAGCUGUCAGAACAUCAGUGGAGGUCUGUGGGGCACGUUGCUCAACAUCCUCCUGGAUCAGCAGGAGAGCAGCAUGAUCCGCAGAGAGGCUGCUUUUAUCCUGCAGAACUUGCUGGUUAUGCCCAUGCCAGCCAACGCAGAGGAGGCCAAGGACUCAGACUGGCAGCACCCAUGUGUCCAUGAUGAGGUGUCUGGCCUCUCUUUGGUGGGUCUCCCGGCGCUCCAGGCUUUGCUCUACCACUGUCAGUUCUUCCAGCAUGUGGCUCUCUCUGCCUCCGUUUGUUACCGAGGCAGGUACACGUUCCAACUACAACCUGCUGGCAGUGGCAGUUCUCGGGAGAGUGAGUCACUGGAUUCUGAGAGUUCUCUGUGGUUCUGGAGAUGCGACCCACCAGCACCAGCUCCUAACUCUCGGAGACCCUCCAGCUCCCUGUCUACAUCCAGCACUGUGAUUAGAGGCUCAGAGCCACACAUCCCUAAGGCUUUCUCAUCACUGAGCAUCUCAGAAGAUACUCCUGCCAGCAGGCUGACGGCUCAAGGUACUACAGAGAGAGAAAAAGAUCUCGUGGAAAUCAGGCCCAUCGAGAAAUGUCUGAAUGAAUUGAAUUCACCCAACGUGCUGCCAGGAGAGAGAGAAGACAUCAAGAGCCAGUUUGUCACCUUGCUCCAGUUCCUGUCUGGCUUCUCGAAGCUGCUGCAGGCAUGUAUCACAGUGAACCAGCAACUGAUUCCUGUGCUGGACUUCACGAAACAGCUUAUGUCGACUCUGGUUGCAGUUCUCAUGCUGGACACCAAAGGAUUAGAUGCAGGUACGCGGGACACGGUUUGUCUGUGCUGGGCAGACGUGUUUAUGCUCCUGGCUACUCUGGUGAGGAGGGACAGCUCAGCGGCGUUCCCAUCUGUCUCUGCUGCACUGGGGAAACGCUGGCGGACAUUCGCAGGAACAUUAUCAGUGUGUUUGACUGAGAAGUUUGCAGACCCUCAGCUCCACACAGUGGCUCUGCAAUUCCUCUGUGCGAUUUUCACAGAGGAGACUAAGAGUCGAGGUGAAGAGGCCACGACCCCUAACUCCAAGUGUGCUACUUCUUUAACUGACAUUGUGAAUGGUCCCUCGGCCGGCCUGCUCUGUGAACUGUUACUCCAGAAUUUUGAUAAGAGGACCCUUCAGGACCCUUUAAAGAAGCUGACAGCGCGAGCUCUGAUGACACUGUUAGCAUGCAGCCCCACAGCUCAAAGCCAUGCAGCCGAAGCUGGUUUAAUUGACAGCUGUGUGGAGCAAAUAAAGCAGACUCAUUCCCAGCUCCACCUGGAGUCAGUCCGACCCAGCAAGGCUUCUCUCCGCAAAAAGGAAGAGGCUCAUUUAAAGGAAGUCAGGCUGAGUGUGGAGAUCCUGCGGAGCGCUACUUACCGCAACGAUGAAUGCAAAGUUGUGGCUUCAGAUGCUCGCCUCACACUGACCCUCUAUGCUCUUUGGCCUUGGCUCCUAUUGGACGACCCCACCAUGGAGGCAGUGCUGGAGCUGCUGUGCGUCUAUACAGCCAACUGCAGCACAGCAUGCAGUUCUCUCUGUGGGAGUAUUCCACCAGGAUCUAAAGGCUCCAGUAGCUCUCUGAUGCAUGCUGUGAUGAAGCUGGCCUCAGGGGUUGCCCCGGACAACAGCCCAGUCCAGAAGCUGGCCUUCUCUCUCCUGACAAACCUUUCAAUGUCCCGCGACUGCAGAGGCCUCCUGCAAAAGAAUAACUUUCUUCAAGCUUUCGUUUCGGUGCCAGUGCCCAAGGCAGGUGGUGGUGGCGGCGUACUGGGCCUGUGGUUGAAGCUGCUGGUCACCCUCUCGUUCGCAGAAGACAUCCAGCAGAGUCUCCUGAGGGUGACCGGAGUCCUGGAGCUGCUGGCAGACUUGGCAGCUCACCGGCGAAAUGCGCUGCUCACCCUUCACAACCUCUGCUUCUGGCCCGCCAACAAACCUCACGUCAUUGCCAGUGACAAAGCCAUGAAGACACUGCUGUGCUGUCUGGAAAGCAAAGAGAUGGAGACUCGCUGUAUGGGAGCGUCCGCACUUUGGGCGUUGCUCCAUAACAAUCAGAGGGCCAAGACGACGAUGAAGUGUCCCUCAAUACGACGGAGGAUUGAAGAGGCACACGCCAUCUCUAAGAAAGCUGCAGAGAACAGUCAGGAUCCGAUGAGCCCCUACCUGUUGAAGUGCUUUGAAAACCUUUCGCAGCUGCUAAAAAACUGAUUGUAUUUAUACUUGUGUGUCUUUGUAUCAUUUUUUAUACUUAGGAAUAUUAAAGUGGCAGAUUUUAGGUGCUGUCUUCGCAGCAACUUCACACACAAUGCUUUUUUUUUGUGAGCAGUUUGACAUUCUAACACCAGUUUUGGUUUCAAAUUCAGCAACUGUAGCUCGAACGUCAACAGAAGUGAACUUUGAACACAGCCCUGCUUCACUCAUUGAUCUGUUACCAUCAUUGCAGAACUCUUGCAAUGCACCAAAUCCAAACUUUGCUUUUCCGUGCAAACGUCCAAUGCCUGGCUGCACUGAAGCACAGCUGUGCUCUGAAGUACUGGCUUAUAUCAGCAUGCUAACAUGCUUUGGCAGGUUUCGUUAAUAAUAUUUCAUAAUUAGAACGGAACACAAGUUAAAUCAGAAAUUGAUGUGAACUAUCCCUUACGUUCAUUACCCCCUGGUGUAAGAGGGAAUUCAUUCUGUUAAUCGAUAUUUGCCACAAAUAUCCUCCUGCACGAGACAGAAACUGGAUGAAGUGCCCAAGUCAGUAGGAUUCAUCUAAUUCUUACAUCUAU